AUGCACCUUGCCUGCAGGAUCCGGCGGAAGCAAAAGGCUCCGAAAUCGGUGUCUACUUGUGGCAUUUCUCCUUCGUGCUUCGGUUUGGUGAGGGUUCACCGGUUCCGCGCGCCUACCCUGCCCGCAGCUAGCUCCAGAAAAGACCGGGAACCCGUAAUUCGCCCCGCCUCGGCUGACACCUGCCUGAGCACCCUGGAGCUGCUGAAGGAUGUGCACCUGGGCCUGGCUCUGCCCUGCCACGGUCCCGCCCGACUGGCCCUCCUCUCGGGCCACUACCUUUACUAUCACUACGGCUGCGAUGGACUGGAUGACCGCGGCUGGGGAUGUGGCUACCGCACGCUGCAGACACUGUGCUCUUGGCCAGAGGGCCAGUCUUCCAGCGUGCCUGGGCUGGCAACCAUACAGGCUGCCCUGGAGGACAUGGGCGAUAAGCCCCCCGGGUUCCGGGACUCUCGGGACUGGAUUGGCUGUGUAGAGGCCAGUCUCUGCCUGGAACACUUUGGAGGACUUCAGGGGCGCCUAUGCCAUGUGCCCCGUGGAGCUGGACUUCUGGGAGAACUGGAGCGGCUUUAUUCCCACUUCAUGGAGGGCGGCGGCCCAGUAAUGGUGGGAGGGGAUGCAGAUGCUCAGUCUAAAGCCUUGCUGGGAAUCUGUGAGGGGCCAGGUCCGGAAACCUAUAUACUGAUACUGGACCCACACUACUGGGGCACUCCGAAGAACAGUAGAGAACUGCAAGCUGCUGGGUGGGUGGGCUGGCAAAAGGUAAGCAGUGUCUUUGAUUCCAAUUCCUUUUACAACCUGUGCUUGACCAGACGUACCUGAAUCGACCCACCCUGCCUGCACUGUGGGACAGGCUCCAGAACUGGGACUGCUCACUGGUCACUUCCACCACCAAAACUCUGGGACGGGGCAAUGGCACAGGCACGUGGAUCUGCGUUCAAAGCCAGCCUGGUCUACCCAGCAAGUUCUAGCUAGCCAGGGUUAGAGGGACACUUCUCAAAAAACAGUAAUAAACUGGCACAGUUCAGCUGA